CUCUGAUUGCUGACUCGCAUGAGGCAUAAUAGGUAAUAGGGCGCUCAUCCUCCUUGUUCUGCCAGGUUGUCUGGUCAGCUGCCACUCAACUUUCUCUGCACGCAGCUGAGAAGGCUUGAGUCAGCUGGCGAGCAGGAUUCCCGUUGUUGAGGUCGGGAGGCCAAAACAAUCCCAGGGAAAAAACUUCAGCCCUUAGCUCAAUCGGCAUCAUGAGCUGAUUUCGACUUCACAAGAGAGGAAUGGCAGAAGUUCACAUCAUUGGGCAGAUUCUGGGAGCAGAAGGGUUCAAAGAUCGAAACGUGUUUUGCAAGUGGGGCAUUGUGGCUGGCUCGAAUUGGGACCUCCUUGAAGGGACGGAUCAAGGGCAGACACAAGUGGACCACCCUCCGGAGGGCGAAGAUGCGGUCUGGUCCCACCCCAUUGAUGUCCACUACGCUUGCCGCGGCCUGAGCGGCUGGCCCAAGCUGUACUUCCAAGUCUGGCACCAGGACAUACAUGGGCGGAAUGACAUUUGCGGCUAUGGCUUUUGUCAUGUACCAACGGAAGCUGGCUGUUUCGACCUCGACUGUGUCACGUGGUUACCUGAGGGCUCAGUGCUGGAGCGAAUAUCAGCGUUUUUCAUUGGCGGUGGACCUCGUUUGAAAGUAGAAGAAACGGUCUACAAUAGUGGAGACCGCUUUCGGUUACGGACACGAGCAGGUGGAACCGUUCACAUCCAAAUCAGUGUACUGUUGAAAGAUUUUGCACGCCACAAUAUACGAUAUCGAUGACUGACUGAUAAAGGUACGGGUCACGCUCGGAAGUUUUGAAUGCGUGCUUCUACACUUUUAUGUGGAGCAGCGUUUUGCAGGGUCGACAAGCUCUGCAACUGGGCCCAGGUUUGAUCCAAUUGACAAUCCAAGUGCAAAAGGGCCCCAAACAUCUGCUAAACGAAAAUAAGAAAAAGACUCGGUCGACCGUCACUAGUUGGUUAAAACUCGCGAUAGGGAGACCUGAAGUAUAGAGCUUUUGUCCAGUCACCCUCUGUGUUCCGUCGUCAUCGGAACACUGCAAAGUCGAGGUCGAUGAUGGAUAAACAUACGCGGCCUCAGAGCGAAAGCAAUACCUUCCUACGCAUCCCGAU